UCGGGAGGGGCCUAGCAGAGCCUGCAGGCUGUAGUGAGACGAAAACGGAGGGGGAGCUGGGGCGGGCGGCGGAGUGGCCACAGGAUAGAGCGGCGCCGAGGGGCCUGCAGGCAGACGGAAUGGUGGAGAAGGCCGGCCUCGGGAGAGAGUCCAUGCCCUCCCUUAUGCCAACUGGACUAAACCCAGCUUUUUCAGGCAGUGCCCAAAUGCACACCAAGCAGGGCAUGAAAUUGGAAGCUGUGAUGGAGCAACUACAGAAACAGCAGCAACAAGCCGCUCGUAGCAUGGAGGAGCGGGAGAGACAAAUUAGAGAAACGCAGAGGCUGUAUGCCCAACAGAUGGCUUCACAACAGUUAAUGAAGUCCAUGGCAGGCUCUACCACCGUGUCAUCUUUGAAAGCCCGCCCGCCCAUGGCCUCUCCACAGAGUGCUAGUGAACCUGAUGAAGAUGAGGAGAUGGAGGAUGAAGACAGUGAUGGAGAAUCGUUUAGUGUAGAGGAUGAUGCCAGGGCAGGGCAACCAUCCAUACUUGCACAGAAGUAUCUUCAGGCCCAGAGAGAGCAGCAGGGAAUAGUUGUUCCCAAUCCACAAGGCAACACCAGUCAGCGACACCAAACUGUGAAGGAGGAACCAAAGGAGGAGAACUUCAACCCUUCUACAUCUAAACACCUCAAACAAAGUUUGGAAGACCCCAUUAAGCCGGAAAACACUUCCUGGGGUGAAGAUGUAGAUGGCCGUUCCAGGGAAACCUCAAGGGAUUUUGCAAAGCUUUAUGAACUCGACAGUGAUCCAAAGAGGAAGGAAUUCCUCGAUGAUCUGUUUGUAUUUAUGCAAAAGAAAGGCACCCCAAUAAGCCGCAUCCCCAUCAUGGCCAAACAGUUACUGGACCUCUACAUGCUCUACAAGCUUGUAACUGAGAAAGGGGGACUUGUAGAGGUGAUCAACAAGAAAAUUUGGAGGGAGAUCACAAAGGGCUUGAACCUACCAACCUCCAUUACAAGUGCUGCCUUCACCUUGCGCACACAAUAUAUGAAGUACCUUUAUCUCUACGAGUGUGAGAAGAAGUCUCUUAGCUCUCCUGCUGAGUUGCAAGCUGCCAUAGAUGGAAAUAGACGAGAAGGAAGGCGCCCAAGCUAUGGCACUUCUUCCUUUAACUAUUCACCUACUCCAGCAGGACCCAACACGCUUCUGGGAGCUCCAAAACUUCCUGUGCCCUUGCUCGGAGUGCACCCAUCUUCUCGUUUGACGACGACAACGCCGCUUAAGAAAGGUGACAGUUCUGCACUCAUGUUAACUAGUCGGAUGGCAAUGGCUGUUGGACAUAUGAGUGCACAGCAGGCCCCUACAGGACUGCGAACCGCUUCAGUAGAGCAACUGAAGGAAAGGCUAGAAAUGGGUGAGCCCCCAGAGAAGCGAAUAGCACGUACACCCAUGGAAGAGCAACAAAGGUUCAUGCAGCAAGCCCUCCAGCACAAUCUUUUAAGCAUGGCACGACAGAUACCUAUGAAACUAAAGAUUAAUGGGAAGGCAACUCAGGAUCGGCAGGACACACCACUCAGUCUGGGCUCUGGCAGUAUCAACAUGUCCAUUGAAAUUAAUGGCACUAUGUACACAGGCAUUUUAUAUGCUCAGAAGCCUGUUCCUUUAAUUGCGGGGUAUACUGGGCAAAGCGGAGGGAGUGGGAGUAGCAGCAAUACUUCGCAGGCAUCCCACAGUCCCACGUCCUCCCGGGGUACCCCAGGAGCAGAACCCUCCACCAGCUGGUCCCUCUGAAGCCUUGUUCUCUGCCAUGGGAAAGAUUGAGAAAAGGAGGGAAUAGGCAUGAUACUACUUACCUCCUCCGCGAGAAAGCGUUACACAACCUUACCUACCUCAGCUUCAGGAAGACUUCAGCUCCACGUACCUCACCUUAAGAAAAGGUUACACAACCGAUUUACCUCAUUGCAUUACACAAUAUCACUCGUGGGCAGGAAGAAGACCUGGGAAAGACUCAGCCUUUAAACCUGUCUUUGAGCUUCAGCUCUGACCUACUGUAUGGCGUUUUGUGAGCAGACCUGCACCUACUUGCUGUCCCAUUCUCCUUGUAGUUCUGUGAGGUGCUAAAUAUCACACCUGCUUCCUCCUCUGGAUCUUUAAUGGUGGGCAGCAGGAAGGAGGCUAGAGACAAUCUAAUUGCAGACAUAAAAUGUGCAAGCGGCACAUGGAGACAUUUCUGCCAAGGCCACCUCAUCCCUUUUUGAGGAUCUGUUUCCUCCCUCACUGGCUGUCACACAAUCUCAAGAUGUGCUUAUGACAGUCGAUGUUUUGUAGGACAUUUAGCCAAGAUGACUUGGGUUUUUCACAUAGUUCUAUCUUGUAAUCAGAAGUAUGUUUUAAAGAAUCCUCCUGAAUAUGUUUUAAUACCUGGUAUCUUCUGAUGUGAUGUGGUAUUGGUUUGACACUAGAGUUGCAAAUACCUCAAGUUCAAUAUGUUUUUAUAUUUUUGAGGAAUCUUUUUAUCCACAGAGGAACAUGGAUACAUUUGUGGUUGGCCAUCCUAAUCAUUGAAUGGUACUGCCCUUCUAUAUACACAUAAUAUAUUAUGCCUCCUGCUUGUGUGUAAUAUAGAUUGAGAUUUGCUCUACAUUCAGAAAGCUUUUUAAUUCAGCUAAGGUAGCAGUUACCUUGAAGAGGCUGUGCCUUGUAAAUUCAAUAAGCCUAAACACCAAACUGAAGG